GUUUUCUGAAGUGGUCCUAGCGGAAGAGAAGGCGACCGGCAAGCUCUUUGCCGUCAAGUGCAUUCCCAAGAAGGCGCUGAAGGGCAAGGAAAGCAGCAUUGAGAACGAGAUAGCCGUCCUGAGGAAGAUUAAGCAUGAAAACAUCGUUGCCCUGGAAGACAUUUAUGAAAGCCCGAAUCACUUGUACCUGGUCAUGCAGCUUGUAUCCGGUGGAGAACUGUUUGAUCGGAUAGUGGAGAAAGGAUUUUACACAGAGAAAGAUGCCAGCACUCUGAUCCGCCAGGUCUUGGAUGCUGUUUACUAUCUUCACAGAAUGGGCAUCGUCCACAGGGACCUCAAGCCUGAAAAUCUAUUGUACUAUAGUCAAGAUGAGGAGUCCAAAAUAAUGAUUAGUGACUUUGGAUUGUCAAAGAUGGAGGGCAAAGGAGAUGUGAUGUCCACAGCCUGUGGGACCCCCGGCUACGUUGCUCCUGAGGUCCUUGCCCAGAAACCCUACAGCAAAGCCGUUGACUGCUGGUCCAUCGGGGUGAUUGCCUACAUCUUGCUCUGUGGCUACCCUCCUUUUUAUGAUGAAAAUGACUCCAAGCUCUUCGAACAAAUCCUCAAGGCCGAAUAUGAGUUCGACUCCCCCUACUGGGAUGACAUCUCCGACUCUGCAAAAGAUUUCAUUCGGAAUCUGAUGGAGAAGGAUCCGAAUAAAAGAUACACGUGUGAGCAGGCAGCUCGGCACCCAUGGAUCGCCGGCGACACAGCCCUGAGCAAGAACAUCCACGAGUCCGUCAGUGCCCAGAUCAGGAAGAAUUUCGCCAAGAGCAGGUGGAGGCAAGCAUUUAAUGCCACAGCCGUCGUGAGGCAUAUGAGAAAACUCCAUCUUGGUAGCAGCCUGGACAGUUCAAAUGCAAGCGUUUCGAGCAGCCUCAGUCUGGCCAGCCAAAAAGAUUGUGCGUCUGGCACCCUCCACGCUCUGUAGUUUCAUUUCCUCUUCCUCGGGGGUCUCAGCAGUGGGAGCGGAGCGGAGACCGAGGCCCACCACUGUGACGACAGUGCACUCCGGAAGCAAGUGACUGGCUCUGGAGGUGGGACGCUG